AUGGAGGAACCGUCGCUUCAACCCGAUAGUCAAGAUGAGCAGCAGGCUGGACCAUCUGCAAAAAUAGCCCCUCUUCGAAUCAGUGACGAUUUCGAUGAAGACGACCCGGAUCAUCACAUGUGUCGAGUCUGUCGAAGCGAUGAGGGCAAUUUGUAUUAUCCAUGCCUUUGCACCGGCUCAAUCAAAUACGUCCAUCAGGAAUGCCUCGUCGAGUGGCUGAAAUACAGCAAGAAAGAGGUCUGCGAAUUGUGCAACCACAAGUACAGCUUCGAACCUAUCUACCGUGCCGACAUGCCGAAAGCAUUGCCUGUACUCGAUAUUUUCAAAGGGAUUGCAAUAAGCGUGGGACGCAUUCUGCGCACGUGGUUGCUCUACACGGUCGUCUUGAUUGCUUGGGUCGGCAUUGUUCCAUUGACAGCAGCUCGAAUUUAUGGAGCCGUCUUUUCUGCGAAUCUUCUCAACAUUGUCUCGCUGCCACUCCAUAUCUUUAGCACCGAGAAUCUGAUCCCGGAUUGUAUAAAGGGUAUAUUUCUCCUCGCCGUCUUCGUGAUCACGUUCAUCUCCUUGGUGUGGCUGCGCGAACAGAUCAUCCAUGGUGGUCCACAGGAAUGGAUCCAGCUCGAGCCCAACGAGCCAGUCGACCCGGAGAGGCGGGCACGUCGCGAACGUCGGCAACGACGACGUCAACGGCUCGAGGCACAGGCCGAUGACGGCAAUUUCGUCGUCGAUGGGCCGGCGUGGAAUGAGCAGGACGAAGAGCACGAAGAGAAUGCGCCUGAUCACAGCUCGGAUGCGGCUCACAGGCGCGACAGCGAUCCCCAGGCGGGCCCUUCGAAUGAAGACGAUUCCGAGGAGGACGAUGAUGAGGACACCGGCUACAACCCUCCGGACGUGACCCGACCCGAAUUCUGGUUGCCGGCAAAUGCAGAAGAGGCCCAACUGGAGUAUGGCGAUGACUGGCCGGAGGGGUUGCAGUUUCGGAACCCUGCCGAAUUCGGACCGAUCGAUCCGGAGCCUAUGAUUGUCGGAGAGCCGGAGCUGAUGGACCCCAACGCAAAUGAGAUGGACGACGCCGAUCAUCUAGAAAACGUCGGCGACGCCGAUGAUGAGCCAGCGGGACAGGAAAAUGACGUCUGGCGGGACUGGGAUCGGUUCGGUGAUGAGCUGACCUGGCAGCGUUUGAUCGGCUUGGACGGCUCUUUCGUCUUCAUCGAACACGUUUUUUGGGUGAUCGCCUUGAAUACGCUGUUCACUGUGCUUUUUGCCUUUUCUCCAUACAAAUUGGGAACGCUGAUCCUCUCCGUGACAGGACUUCGCGCCCAGAUCUCACUGUUUCCAUCGCUGACCGCCAUAUUGACUGGGUACGUCGCCAUCUCGUUGAUGGUCUAUCUCAUCCAUCGUGUUUGCAAGUUGUUGGGAAUUAAGGGAAUGUAUCGUCUACUCGGAAUUGUCUACUUGGUGCUCAAAGUCUUCCUACUCGUGCUCGUGGAGAUCGUCUUCUUCCCGAUUUUGUGCGGCUGGUGGAUGGAUAUUUGCUCGCUGUCCCUAUUCCAAGCCACUCUCUCCUCGCGGCUGACCUCCUUCACAAACUCGCCGGCAUCGUCUUUGUUCAUCCACUGGAUGAUCGGCAUGGUGUACGUGUUCUACUCAGCUUCGUUUGUGUUGCUGCUGAGAGAGGUUCUGCGCCCGGGCGUCCUUUGGUUCAUGCGCAACCUGAAUGACCCGGAGUUCAACCCUAUCAUGGAGAUGAUUGAACUGCCGAUCACUCGUCAUUUCCGCCGGUUGAUUGCUUCCACGUCGCUCUUUUUCAUGGCCAUCUUGUUGAUCGUCUUCUUGCCGAUGCGUCUUAUCCAGAUCGUCCUCCCGUCCGUGUUGCCCUACAAUCUCAGUCUUACGGCCGAGACGCCGCUCAGCGAGCUCAGUCUCGAGCUACUGAUCCUUCAGAUAGUGCUCCCGGCUCUCCUUGAGCAGACUAGUGCUCGACAGGUCCUGAAACGAUUUGUUAGGACUUGGUGCGUGGUGGUGGGCCGUGCUUUGAAGCUAGACCGCUAUCUGCUCUCCGAACAUCAGGACAACAACCACCCCGAAGAACGCCCAAACCAACCUGGCAACGAUGACCUGGCGAUGCUCGACCGUCUGAUUGACCACAUGGGUGAUGGCCCGGAAGAGGAAGAUGACGCGGCUGAUGACGGGAACCUGGACUUGGUGAACGGCGGCGGCCUUGCUGCGGAGCACCAAGCCCUUCUGCUAGUCAGGGAACCGACAAACUUUGAGCCCUAUCAGCGCCCGAACUACUUUGCACUCCGUAUCGUUGCUUUGCUCGUGGCCCUCGGGGCGUCGUCAACGUUGGCCAGCACAUUGGCCUUUAUUUUCCCAGUGACCGUUGGCCGCCUGUUCAUCUACCUGCUGGCCGGGACGCGAAACGUUCACGAGCUCUACACAAUCAGUUCUGGAUUGUACAUCUGCUGGGUGACGGGCAAGGGAGUGUUCGUCGUCUACGAAUGGGCAAGUCGCGGUGGUGCUCAUCUGGCGGCCCGGGUCCGCUCCUCGCUUGUACUCCUCGGAUAUCUGGUGCUCGUUUUGGUGCCGGCAUUGCUGAUCAUCCCCUACCUGAUCGGGCUCUCUUUCCAAUUAAUCGUCGUCGCCCCGCUUCGUGUUGCCCUGAGCCAGACGCCAAUCUAUUUCCCGUGGCAAGAAUGGGCCAUGGGAGUGCUGCAUAUGAAGAUCUUUAUCGCAUCGGUGAUGAUGGGACCGGAAUGGUGGAUGAGAGCGGCUUUUGAGCAGAUCUAUCAACAAGGUCUUUACCACAUUGAUGUUGGCUACAUCUACAAGCAAGUACUCUGCCCGGUACUGACUGCCCUCUCCAUGCAAAUUGCCGUCCCAUACGCCCUCGCACAUUUGGCCAUCAAGAUCAUAGAUAUCGAGCACUAUGAAGACGAGAUCUUGUUCAUAAGGUUCUGCUACCCGUUCUGUCUCUCUGUCGUUGGCACUGUCGCGUUCUUCGUAUGGCAGUUCCACAAGCUACGCGCUUUCGCCCAACAGAUUCGCAACGAGAAGUACCUGGUGGGCACUCAGCUUGUCAACUAUGAGCGCCCGGAGGACGCGCGAAAGGCUGAACCAUUGCUACGUCAAUCUUCCCAACAAGUGAGCCCCAGCACCAGUGAAGUCGCCAUGGCAGCCGACUCCGCCGAGACAGCGACGUCGCCAAUUCGGGUUGAAAACAAUGACAUUGUCGGAAAGGAG